AUGACUAGAGAAACCAUGCCAGGAGCCAAAUAUUACGAUGGGAAAAAAAUUAGCAUUCCACUGUCGAAUAAAGCCCAUAUUGACCUUAUAGAACACUGGAUGUUCCAAGCUUACAGUAGUUUUCUGUCUGCAUUUGCAUCUAAGAGCAUUCCACAAUUACCACCGACUGAGAGGCACACCUAUACAAAAUGUUCCAAACAUGCUACAUCACUCAAUAAACAUGCUCAAUGCGUUAUGAAUGCUAUUGAAGUUUCAAAAAAAGCAAAAGAUGGAAGAGACAGUCAGAAAGUGCCACCGAGCGCAAUCGCAGAUACCGUUGCAUCAGAAAACGCAUUCAUUACUGAGCCGCAGUCUGAAGCAUCCAGAACGUUUCAGAAGAAAGUUGACCUUAGAGAGAUGAAGCAGCAAUACAGAAGACGCUACAAAAAAGAGCGACUGAAUAUACGUAGGAUUAGAGAUGACGGGGCGUCGUUUGAGAGUCGUCAGAAAGACCGUCUAGAUAGAGAAGAGAAUGCAGGAAGUGGAAAGUUGCCUGUAUUAAGAGGCCUGACUAUUAAAAAAAGUCUAGAGUCUGCCGCAAAUGCUGACACAGGCAGUAGCGUAGUAAAACAGGAUAACUAUGGUCUUUUGUCAGAUGCCGAUAUUGAGAGCCCAAUGGGAAUCCUAAUGAAAAGCAUAGCUCGUACUAUCAGACGAAUAAAGAACAAGGCAAGAGAUGGGUCAUGGAAAUCAGAUGUCGCACGCUUACAACAACUUGAAAAGCUACUCCAUGAUAAAGACGACCCAUCAGAAUCUCCGUAUUCUCGCUAUAUUUUUGAUUCAAAACAGAAGUUCCGUAAAAACGAAGGAAAUGAAACUUUCCACAUGAUGUCUUUGGUGCCAAACACUUUACAGUACCAAAAAAUGCGUGAAAAAGACCCGCUGAAUACGCCAUUCUUAGUCCGGAACGCUCUCAAAUUAGGAAUGGCGAUUGCUGGUCAGAAUACAACUGACUAUGAUAAGAAAACGGUUAAAUUUGCCUCACCGCGAUUCUUCUCGGUCGUUCCUGACGACGGUGACGACAAUAUCAACCUCUUGUCACCGUCAUUAUUCAGUUUGCAUGACGAAGGUAAAGAAGAUGAAAAAAGAUUUAGCAUUCCGCAUCUGCUUAAAAACAGCAAAGUACUGCAAAAACAAGACCAUGAACAGAUGAUAGACCUAAUUGCUGAGGCUACUGGUGUUGCAGAUGCAGUAGAAAAUGCUAAAAAGUUGAAAGAACUUGAGAAGAAACCAGAAGUAAAAGAUAUAAAAGGAAUUGACGGACAACCGAUGUAUUUUACGAAAGAAAACGCCACUGAAAUAUACGGGGAAGACGGACGCAGAAGAAUUGAAACUUUUGAACGCCUUCAUAAAAGCCUAAAUGCUCAACAGAUCAAGGAAAUGAAUUCAAGUGGAUACUCUGUUAUGAACAAAGAACAACUUCAUCUUCUCUAUGGCAAGGAUUCACCUUACGCAUCAGAGAGUACACUGAAGAAGCUCGCGUCCAUUAAGAGUUUAGACGAACUCCAGAGACAUGUAGAGCAUGACAUAUCUGUAUUCUCAAAGCAUGAAAAUUUGAAACUGCAAGUAAGAGAACAAAAAAGACAGAAACGAACGAUAGCUUUGACCCCACUACUGUUCCAAGAUCUAACUCUUAAACCAGACGUUGUUUCUCAGGCGAUAGUUCUUUCACCUGUUCUUUUUUCACCAGUAGUACUAUCGCCAGCUGUGUUAGGACCAUUUAUAUUGAGUCCGUGGCUGUUCAUACCUGUCAUUCUUUCACCUCGUGUUUUAUCUCCUUUAAUUCUAAAUCCAUUACUUUUUUCGCCUGUAGUUUUAUCACCAUUAGUGCUGCACCCAUUUGUUCUUUCUCCUGGUGUCUUUAACCCGUUCGUCUUAUCACCGCUCGUUCUGGCGCCUUUUAUUCUUUCUCCACAAGUUGGUACUCCGCUUAUUCUGUCUCCUAUGGUACUUAACCCCUUGAUUCUAAACCCCAUGGCCCUUUCUCCACUAGUGUUGAGUCCGUUUGUCUUAUCUCCACUCGUUUGUUCGCCACAGUUACUUUUCGCCCUUGUUUUCAGUCCACAUGUGUUAUCACCAUUAAUUGCAAGUAACCUAACCCUCAGCACAUUAAUUGCAUCACCAAGCGUUCUAAGUUGA